UCUGGCUCUGGAAAACAAAAAACACUCAGAGUUCAAGCAACAGCUCGGAAGCUGUGUCGUCGAACUUCGAGAAUAUCUGCGAAAUUCAUGUGCUCUAACCAUACCGUUCAUCCAAACUAUAAUCAUACACACGCCAGAGUUAAUUCUAGGAGCAGAUUUGAGCUUUAUAAUUUUAACACCAAUGAGGAUCAAGCGUUAAUAAACAAGAAACUUCCUAAGGAACUUAUUUUAAGGAUUUUUUCAUUUCUAGAUGUAGUUUCUCUGUGCCGUUGUGCGCAGGUUUCCAAGCUUUGGAAUGUGUUAGCUCUAGAUGGAAGCAACUGGCAAAGGGUGGAUUUGUUUGAUUUUCAAACUGACAUAGAGGAGAUUGUAGUGCUUAACCUUUCUAGACGAUGUGUAGGCUUUCUCAGAAGUUUGAGUUUAAGAGGAUGCAAGAGUGUAGGAGAUGGAGCUUUAAGGAUAUUUGCUCAGCAAUGUAAAAAUAUCGAAGAACUAGUUUUAGAUGGAUGUAAAAGAAUUUCAGAUAGCACUGCUAUUAGUCUUAGUAACUACAGUGGACGACUCAAACAUUUAGAUGUGUCAUCUUGUCAUCAGAUCACAGAUAACUCUCUUAGUGCUUUAAGUAAAGGCUGUACAAAGCUGCAGUAUAUAAAUGUAUCGUGGUGCAGUCAAGUAUCUUCACAUGGUCUCAAGUUACUGGCCCAAGGAUGUCAUAACUUACUUGUAUUUAUAGCAAAAGGAUGUUCUUUGAUAACAGAUGAAGGAAUUUAUCAUCUGACAAAACAGUGCACAAAACUCCAUACAAUUAACCUGCACAGCUGCGAGAACAUAAAAGAUGCAGCUAUUAAGGCAAUUGGUGAGCACUGUAGGGAGAUAUCAUUUCUCUGUGUGUCUGGGUGUAUACAGCUGACGGAUGUAGCACUUCAGUUUCUGGGAUUAAGAAGUCAUGAACUUAGAACAUUAGAAGCUGCGCAAUGUUCACAGUUCACAGAUGCAGGAUUUCAAGCACUUUGUAGAGGUUGUAAUAAUCUUCAACGUAUGGACUUGGAAGAAUGUGUUCUGAUCACAGAUUCAACUUUGAAUCACUUAUCACUUUGGUGUUCUGGAUUAGAGAAACUUAGUCUUUCACACUGUGAGUUAAUCACAGAUGAGGGCAUCAGACAGUUAGGCGGCAGCCCUUGUGCAGUGGAUCAUAUUCAGGUGCUGGAGCUGGAUAACUGCCCUCUCAUUACAGACAACGCCCUAGACUACUUGAUAAACUGCCAGCAGCUAAAGAGAAUAGAACUUUAUGAUUGUCAGCUUAUAACCAGAGCAGGCAUACGAAAACUCAAGGCUCACCUUCCCGACCUCAAAGUACACGCAUACUUCGCCCCUGUCACCCCUCCCCCGAGUGUUGGUGGUGGACGACAGAGGAUGUGCCGUUGUUGUGUGGUGUUAUAGUACUAUAUUUUAAGGUCGUUGAUAACAUUUUAAAAAAUUGCUGCUUAUCGUGUUAAACAGACUUAACCUUCGUACUUGUACGUGCCCGAUAUCGGUUUCUUACUCCGUUAAGUUUGCAGUUUUAGUAUUUUGCAGGAUUUUUUUUCUUUCGGUUCAUCCCUCCUUUAUUCCGUCCAGCUCUAAAUAACCUCCCCCUUACCAACUUCCCUCCGUCCUACGCGUUUAUCGAAAAGAGCCGUUUCACAAGAGUAAGGAAGUUCUCAUCUUUGUCUAAACCAAUUGAUGCCUGCAUGAAACGAAAAAAUUUUAAUGUACCACAAAAUGUUUUAUCUGGGAAAGUACCCAGUUACGCCAAUAGAGAUUGCUAAAGUAAGCGAAAGUGUUCUAUUCCCGUGGAACUUUACCAGAGUAACGCGCUUGUGUGACAGAUUUAAUCAUGCCUGGACUGGUUAUAUACUCUGUUGUUUUUGUUUUUGUUUUUGUUUUUUUAUUUUUAUUUUUAUUUUCAUGUCUCUUUCUGACAAAAUGUUGCUGCAUUUUAUCGUUUCAGUUUUAAAGCCAUUUUAAAGAAAUGUUUGCCAAAUAAAGUGUAAAUAAAUGGUGAUAUUAUGACUGCGUUAAAAAUUCAUAAAAUCAGUGGUAGGAAAUGAGUUUGGUUCUGUAAUACAAUUUUUUUUCAAUAACAGUGAAAGUACUGAUUUUAUGGCGACUUUGUUUAUAGUGUAUUAAUAUUAGCGCCCAUUUUAUUGUACAUAGUGCAGAACCAGUCUCUUAAUCCACCGUAGGAAAAAAGAUGGCGGCUGUGCAUUUUACCACAAUACCUUGCGUACCUAACACAGCCUGUAAGGUACAAAGAAAGCCAAAUUUUUACAAUAUUUGUCCCUGUACGAAGGACAUUGGGUAUACUAGGUUUGACGAUUUUGUAACUCUUCUGUGCGUUUUUAUGAACGUUGUUAAGGCUUUCGCUCG